AUGAAAAACCAGAUUAUGAGUUAUGGAGACAUGCAGGAGUCAAUCCGAAACUUAGAUCGUGCUGGAAAUUGGCAUAGUAUACUUCUACUAGAUUCCUGCCAUGAAGGUUUACAAGAUGCAUUUGUAUUUGAAGAGUCAAUGAGGUUUUUGAGCUUAGAACAGCAGGCUCGAAUUCUAAGAAAAAAAUCAUAUCCAGAUAGAUGCAAAGCGCUCUGCAAUCGACUCCUACAAAUUUCAGGUAUUUCAAUGGCUACUGGAUUACCUCACACUCAAUUAAAGUAUAAAAAUGGGACCUAUGGGAAACCUCAACUCAAAGAUAUAGACGGGUUAGCGUUUAGCAUGUCCAAUGGAGAACGUUAUGUGGCUCAGUAUAUUGUCAAAGGUAAGCACUGCGAAGUAGGCAUAGACCUGGCAUCCACGGCUGAUUACUCUGGAGACCAAGACUUAAACAACUUCAAAGAAAUAUUCUCAUCACAAGAAUUCGAGAGCUUGAUUCAGUGUAAUCCUACCAAGAGAGCCCCCAUGUUCGCCUAUAUUUGGUCUCUAAAAGAGUGCUAUACCAAGUAUACAGGUCUGGGGCUCAACAGUGAAUUGUGCAAUAUAGAUUUUGGGAAACUUAACUUAUUUGAUAGUGACAAUACCCUAAGGAGGAGAAUCGGCGGGAAGGAAAUAUGGUUUUAUUCUCAUUGGAUAACGCCUAAUGAAGUGGUAACAGUUUGUCAUGAAUCCAGUUAUGACCUGGAUCAAAAUCCUCAUUUACACCAUUUGACAUUACAAGAUGUGCUAAAGCAACUCCGAAAAACUCGUUGA